AGCCAGAGUCGCCGGGCAGCAGGUGGCGUCGUCAGGUGCGCUUCUCCUCCUCCUCCUCCUCCGCCUCCGCUUCUCUCGCCCGCUUUGCCAUGUUGGUGCAACUGAAGACGGCUUUCCGACAAGCCGGGAAGAUGCCCGGAGGGACCUUGCCCAAACUGGAAGCCAACGUCCUGGUCAUCGGGGCGGAGAAAGUGGGGAAAUCGGCUUUGACUGUUCGGUUUCUGACCCGAAGAUUCAUUGGUGAAUACGGGAAUAUUGAAUCCAUUUAUAAUCACAACGUGAAGAUGGCCGGCCAGAGAGCAUCGUUUAAUAUCUGGGACUCGGCCUGCCCCCAGAUGGCCAACCUCCAGAGCUACCUGAACGAGAAACAGCUUCACUGGGCCGACGGUUUCAUUAUCGUCUACAGCAUCUGCGACCGAGCCAGUUUCGCUUUCGCCCGUCAUCAGCUCCAUUGGCUCCGACGUUCAAAGAGGAGGAACGGGGCGGGAAAGGUGCCCAUCGUUUUGGUGGGCAACAAACGAGACUUGGCGCACCAGCGGGCCGUAUCCAGCGAGGAAGGCCGGCUUUUGGCCCUGUCCACCAACUCUGGCUUUUUUGAAAUUUCCACCGCCGAGACCUACCACGGUUCUUCGGUGGUCUUCCAUGAACUUCUCAACAUGGUGCAGGACUCGAAGAGGUUCGCUAAGAAAACGGUGGGAAUCCAGAUUAUCCGCAGCGUGUCGGCCAUCUUUGGGCGAAGAAGGACGGACUGAAUGAAGCUUGGCUGGGCAGGAAAACUAAGAGCAAAUGUUAACA